GGUUUCUCCAAAGACGUUGUUAACAUUUUGCACUAAUGGCAUGUUACUUCGCACACUAAUGGCAGGAGACAGCACUCUGUCAACUGUGACGCAUGUUAUUGUGGAUGAAGUACAUGAGCGGGAUAGAUUCAGUGACUUCUUACUAACAAAACUGAGAGACGUGUUGCAAAACCACGCGAAUUUAAAACUAAUUAUUUCUAGUGCUGCUCUGGAUGCAGAUCUCUUUAUCAGAUAUUUUGGAAGUUGCCCAGUGAUACACAUACAAGGAAGACCUUUUGAAGUUAAAGAGCUGUUUUUGGAGGACAUUUUACGAAGCACUGGCUAUACAAACAAAGAGAUGGUAAAGUACCAAAAAGAGAAGCAGCGAGAAGAAAAACAGCAAAGUGCUUUGACUGAGUGGUGUUCUGCUCAAGAAAGUAAUCCCAAACUGGCAUCUCGGAGACGAAGAUCUGUCCCAAGGGCAACUGAAGAGCAUGAUCUGUUGGAUGAGAGUGGUGACACAGCAUUUGAUCAACUGAUUGAAAAAGAUGUGAAUUGCCUUGAGCCAUGGGUAAUAAAGGAAAUGGAUUCUUGUCUUUCUGACAUGUUGCAUAAAGAUAUUGAUUCCUUUGCUCGGGUGUUCCAUCUCAUUUUAACUGAAAACAUCAGUGUUGAUUAUAGACACAGUGAAACCAGUGUGACUGCGCUAAUGAUCGCUUCAGGGAGAGGCUUUCUGAGUCAAGUGGAACAACUGAUUACUAUGGGAGCAAGUAUCCACUGCAAAUCAUCCAAUGGCUGGACAGCUUUGGACUGGGCUAAGCGCUUUGGGCAGACGGAGGUUAUUGAUCUGUUGGAGUCUUACAG